AAAUAGUGACCUUUCAGUUUCUGUAGUUUUCUUGUGAAAGCUGUUAUUUUGGUGAGAGUUGUUAGUUUGGUGAAAGGUUGUUAUUUUGAAGUUCUUUGUAAACACUAAUGAAAUAUGGGGUUGAAGCUAUUCGAGGGUAAUGAUGAUGACAUCGAGAAGUUGGACAAGAUCGAGAUCAAUGAGGAAUUUGCCCGUCGAUACGAGCAUAAUAAGAAGAGAGAGGACUUGCAAAGGCUGGAAGAGCUGAAGAAGAAAGGCCUCGUCGAUGACUCUAACAAGGAAGACUCCUCUGAAGACGACGAAGAAGAAGAAGAGGAGGAGUAUUUGAACCCUUCGAGUAAUUUAAAGUUCAUUGAUGCUUUUCUUAAGAUAAAGAAAGGUGAUCCAAUUUUGAAUAAUUAAGAUGCUAAGUUAUUCAAUUCUGAAUCUAAAUCUGAAACAAAUUCUGAGUCGAAGGAGAAGUCUAAGGACGAGAAGAAAAAGAAAAAGCCGAAGUACUUGAAGGAUGUAGUUUUUAAGCAUUUGAUGGAGGAGGGUCCGGAGUUUGGAGAUAAAGAAGACGACGAAAAAGAAGAUGAGAAGAAAGUCAAGACAUAUUUUGAGGAGCAAGAGGAUUUGAGAAAGGAAUUUUUGAAUGCUGAUAAGGAGGAUGAUGAGGACUUGUUUAAGUUGAAAGUAAAUGAGAAAAGAGGGGAUGAGUUAGGUGAUGACGCGGAGGUCCCUAUGGAGUUGCUAAGAAAUGGGAUGAGGCUUUUGGGGAGGAUGACAAGUUUUUAAAGGAUUAUUUGAGGAAUGGGAUGUGGAGGAGGUGGAGUUUUCGAAGGAUGAGGAGGAGAUUGAGAGGCAAGAGGAUUACGA